AUGUUGAAAACCUCGGUCGCUGGCUCUCCAGCGUACAUGAACUUGGCUCAACAAUAUCAAGACUCAUUGCCCCCUGGGGAUGAUCGUCUGUCAGCCUCCAAUCAAUCGCACCAUGCUGACGCAACUGUCAAGUACAUCACAUUCAAUCAAGACUCCUCGUGUGUAGCCGUUGGUUUAAACAAUGGCUACAAGGUAUACUCAAUGAAGCCGUCGCUUGCCAAAUGCCAUCUGUUGAAAAAAGAGGAGGCGGUGGGCAUUGUUGAGAUGUUGUAUUGCACUUCCCUCCUAGCGAUAGUGGCAUUAGGAGAUGAACCCGGGUCACUGCCUCGCAAGCUCAAAAUUGUAAACACAAGGGACAAUAGUAUUAUAUGUGACUUAAUAUUCCCUGCUACCAUUUUGGCGGUCCGGCUCUCCCGCCACAGGGUUGUGGUGCUCCUAGAAGAGCAGAUCUACAUCUACGAUAUCCUCAGCAUGCAACUCCUUCACACCAUUGAAACAAGUCCCAAUACAAACAGGUUAUGCGCUGUAUCAGAUGACUUUGAGGAGGGUUUAACGCUGGACUCGGCAAUUGAUUCACGUCCCUCCAACUCCUUCUUGGCCUACCCGUCACCUCCAAAGACUGUGGCCCAUGAGUCGCUUAUUGCAAGUGGAAACGCUGCCAACACAACCUUGGCUAGUACGAAUGCACAGGCGGCAAGGGCUCCAAAAAGAGUAGGAGACGUCAUAAUAUUUGAUCUUCAAGCUCUCCAACCGGUGGUUGUUAUUGAAGCACACAAGUCAGGUUUGGCCGCUUUGUGCCUCUCCAGAGAUGGUCACUUACUCGCCACAGCUUCCAAUAAGGGAACAAUUGUGCGUGUUUUUAGUGUGGACUCGGGUGAGAAGCUCUACCAGUUUCGCCGUGGAACAUACCCAACGAAGAUCUAUUCACUCUCCUUCAGUUCCGAUAACAAGUAUGUGGUGGCUACAAGCUCGAGCGAAACGGUUCACAUUUUCAGGCUUGGCGAAGACGAACUCUUAGCCAAUAAGCAGAAGCGCAAGAGAGAGUCCAAGACGAAAAAGAUGCGCCUUAAUCCAGAGUUCACGAUAAAUGAGGAGGACGAAAAGUCUCUUAAAAAGGCCGAAGAGGAUGAUGAUUUUCUCGAGGAUGAUGGUGAUGACAGUGAUGCGGAAGGCGAUGGCGAUGGUGGGAACAUUCAAAAUGCUAUAGAAGCUAGCAGUCAACGGAAGCUCUCCCAAGGAUCCACCAACUCACUCAAUAGCGGGAUGUCGAGCUUUUCCAAUAUCAGUGGCACUACAGACGACAAGGAGAAAACUGAACCUGUCAUUGACCAGAGUCGACUUUCUGUCGCUAGACUCAUACGUCGCUCGUCGCAAAACUUGGGUAGGAAGGCUGCGCAGAAAAUGGGCGACUUUCUUCCCUCUCGAUUCUCUUCCAUUUUGGAGCCAACGAGACACUUUGCAUCCCUCAAGAUUCAGACAAUGGAUAAGGACGUCAAGUCGAUUGCCACGAUGAACGGCGAUAUCCAGGAGGACUUAGUUCCUCCGAACUACAUGCUCUCAAAAGAUGCAGUAGAGGCUAGCAAGGGCCAGCAAGUUGGCUCACCAACAUCCAACUCUUCCAACAAGGAUUUGGUGCUGCUUGAGCUCGUGCAUAUCAAUGUUGUUACUUCAGAAGGCUACUUCUACACGUAUGGAUUGGACCCAGAGCGUGGAGGAGACUGCAUUUUGCUUAAUCAGGUUUCAUUACUCGGGGAUUAA